ACGAAACAUAUAUACCUAACCAACCGUCUUUCUAGAUCACUCUGCUGGUCGGAACCGAUCACGGAGCACGUGCGCGCAGUGGAUACGCCGGAGCGCUGUGAGUCGUGGACUAAUUGCGGGGCUCUUGCGGGAAUGCGAGGAACAUCUCUGUGAACGAGAGGGAAUAAAUCUCGUCUUCAUAUCACACUUCGAUUUAAAGGGCAUUUAUUUGUUGCUAAAAGUGAGAGAGCGAUAUCAGGAAAAAUGUUGCCGACGACAUUAGGGGGUUAGAGGUGCCGAGGUUCAUCCCAUCACUGAAUAUGGAGUGAAUUCCCACGUCUUCUCUUAUUUUGACUCGGAUUACAGUGAACGGGAGCGCGUCACGAUUAUACGUCUCACAUUCAAGGGAGAAAUCAUUCCAUUCACAAGCAAUUGGAUGAGAGUCAUACUUGCCCUUGGCAACUAAAGAUGACGUUACUAUGGAAACGACUUGUGGCGCUAUCAAUCAUUGGCUGCCUCGCAGUUUUAUCAGCAGAAGCAGAAGACACAAAGUUUCUUGGUCCGAGCUGGAAAAAGGAACCCGAAGAUCUGAUACUGCCCAUCCACUCUCCUGAGCAGGAGGCUGUUUUAACUUGUGAGGCAUCCGGAGUCCCUUCCCCUCAGUACAGAUGGUCUCUAAACGGAACGCUCAUUGAUCUUCGUGGUGACGAGAGGCGUCGCCUUUCUGGGGGUAACCUGAUCAUUACUGGCCUGGAUCGGGAUCAAGACAGUGGUGUCUACCAAUGCACUGCCUCCAACACCCGGGGAACCAUUCUCAGCCAGAGAGCCACAUUACAGUUUGCAUAUCUGGAAAGCUUCAAAAUGCAGACAAGAAGUGCUGUGAAUGUGAGGGAAGGCCAAGGAGUUGUUUUGUUAUGUGGAACACCUUUGCAUUCCGGUGAGCUCACAUUCACCUGGGUCUUCAACGAGUACCCUCACUUCGUCCACCAAGACAGCCGGCGCUUUGUAUCCCAAGAGACGGGGAAUCUCUACAUAGCUAAAGUGGAACCAUCCGAUGUUGGGAAUUACACCUGCGUUGUUAACAACACUAUUACCAAGGAGAGGGUGUUCAGUUCGCCAACACCUUUAGUUCUGAGAAAUGACGGAGCGAUGGGAGAGUACGAGCCCAAAAUAGAGCUUCAUUUCCCCGACACCAUUCCAGCUGCUAAAGGAUCCACGCUGAAGCUAGAAUGCUUUGCCUUGGGAAAUCCAGUUCCCAGGAUAAGCUGGAGACGAACCAGUGAUGUUUCGUUCCCAAGCAAAGUCAAACUGAAAAAUUCUAACGCCAUUCUGGAGAUUCCAAGUUUUCAACAAGAGGACACAGGGACAUAUGAGUGCAUAGCAGAAAACAGUCGUGGAAAGAAUGCUGCGAGGGGUCGUAUGUCUUUCCAUGCCACCCCUCAUUGGCUGCAGACGAUGAUGGACAAAUCAUUGUCCAUUGAGGAGAAUCUGUUUUGGGAAUGCAAAGCCAAUGGGAAACCAAAACCCUCGUACAGCUGGCUGAAGAAUGGAGAAACUCUUAUAUCAGAGGGCAGAGUGCAAAUAGAGAACGGCGCUCUCUCAAUCUCCUCACUAAACCUCUCAGAUGGCGGGAUGUAUCAGUGUGUGGCAGAGAACAAGCAUGGCAUCAUUUAUUCCAGCGCCGAACUGAUGGUGCUUGCCUCUGCUCCCAGCUUCUCCCAGAAUCCUUUGAGCCGAGUGCUUAAGGCUCGCUCGGGUAGUGACGUUAGCUUAGAUUGCAGGCCACAUGCUUCGCCCAGAGCCAUUAGCCUGUGGAAAAGAGGGACCGAGAUACUGCAAAGAAGCGAAAGGAUUUCUCUCUUCCCAAAUGGGACUCUUAAGAUUGCCAACGUAACUAAGCGAGAUGGAGGUACUUACACAUGCAUCGCUAAAAAUCAAUUUGGCACAGCUAGCACAACAGGAAGACUGAUAAUCACAGAGCCCACGAGGAUCAGCCAGGGUCCCAGCAGCACAGAGAUCACGGUGGGUGAGAGCAUCGUGCUGCCCUGCCAGGUGACUGCCGAUCCAGCCUUGGAAGUGGCCUUCUCCUGGGCCUUCAACGGUCAGCCCAUUGAUUUCCAUCAGGACGCCGACCACUUCGAGCGAGUGGGAGGGAGCUUUUCCGGUGAUCUUAUGAUUAGAAACAUCCAGCUUAAUCACGGUGGGAAGUAUGUUUGUCUCAUCGACACAGACGUCGAGAGUUUGUCUGCUGACGCAAUAUUGGUUGUUAAAGGUGCCCCCAGCCCCCCAGACUUGGUUGUGGUGGAGGAGGUCACAGACAGCACGGCACAGCUGUCCUGGAGCCCAGGCCAGGACAAUGGAAGUCCCAUUACUGGAUAUGUCAUCCAGGCCAGGACUCCUUUUACUGUCGGCUGGCAAGCUGUCGACACAGUUCCUGAGGUGAUCAAUGGAAACACUCUGACUGCAACCGUGGUGGGUUUGAACGCUUGGGUGGAAUAUGAGUUCAGAGUCCUGGCCAGUAACAGUGUCGGGAUGGGAGAGCCCAGUCCCCCGUCUACCAAGAUCAGAACAGAAGAUGCUAUGCCUGACACGGCUCCCACUGAUGUUGGAGGCGGAGGAGGUACCAAAUCGGAAUUAGUGAUAACAUGGGAGCCUGUUCCAGAGGAGUUACAAAACGGAGAGGGCUUCGGUUAUAUCAUCGCUUUCCGGCCAGUGGGAAUGGUCACUUGGACCCGAGCCGUGAUCUCGGCACCCAGCGUCACCCGCUAUGUUUUCCGAAAUGACACCAUCCCACCGUUCUCACCAUUCAACAUCAAAGUGGGAGCGUUCAACAACCGCGGAGAAGGACCUUUCAGCAGCAUUGCAACCGUGUUCUCUGCAGAGGAAGUGCCGAGCGUAGCGCCGGAGAGAGUGUCAGCAAAAAGUCUGUCGGCGGCUGACAUCGAAGUUACCUGGGAGCCAAUUGCGUCGACCCCUGAAAGAGUUCUCGGAUAUGAGGUGGUGUACUGGGAAGAUGACACCAAGCCGGAUACAGUGGGUAAAGUGCGGAUCACUGGAAACUACACAGCAGUGAAUGUCAGCGGCCUGCAGGGGAACACUCAGUAUUAUAUAGCGGUGUGUGCCUUCAAUACCGCAGGAACUGGCCCGCAGUCUGUACAUGUCAAUGUUACCACCAAAAAACCACCGCCUGGACAGCCCCCUCAGAACGUAGAGUGGAAUCUGAUUGGCUCUCAGCUCGUGCUGCAGUGGGAUCCCGUCAUCGCUCUCGAAACUGAAUCGGAGGUCACGGGAUACAUAGUGCUGUACAGAAGACACCGGAAUAACGACAUGUACUCCAUCAUCACCAACAAAACCUCGGUUGAGUUGACCCUCAAUCCGAACGACAACUACGUCAUUCAGAUUAAGACCCUCAGUGAAGGAGGCUUGGGGGAAGGAAGCGAGCCCAUCCACAUCUACCAACUCAGCAUGGGUGCCCGUGGAUCCAGAGCAGGAAGGCUGUGCACACUUUCUCUCUCUCCGCUCCUCAUUUGUGCUCUGUCGACGCUCAGUGCCUCCUGAUGUUCGCCUCCCAUGAGCACCAGACCCAACCACUCCAAGAAAAACACACUUUCUGCUCUUUGCUUAUACAAGGCUUAUGUUUCCCAUCACAAUCUGACCAGAUGGGAUUCCCCAGCUCCGGCAACAUGUAUGGAAAUAUCAUGGGAAUGUGGGGGAAUUAGUAUCAUUAGUAAACAUGGCAGAGCACUGCAAGAGAGUCAUUCGGGGGUUUAGGGAUGAUCUAGAGUACAGUAAAAAAAAAAAAAAAAAAAAAAACCUUUUCUAGUUAAGUAUUUUUGGUUUCUUUUCCUGUAUAAAAUCCUUAUUCCAUUGGUAUUUUUUUUCUCUCUAACCAAAUCAUUAUGCUUAAAACGGGGGGAAAUAUUUUCCAAUGAUUUAAGAAAAAUUUACUUUAAAAACAAAUCGUAUUAAUUGGAAAACAAGACAAAAAUAGACUUUAUUUUUUCUUUGGCACCCUACACAUAGGGAAAAAAAGUGCUUUUGUUCUUUGUAUAAUACGCUUCUUUAUGCAGUGUGCGAAUGCGUCAUCUUUUCCUCUGAUCCUUGAGAACAAUCAAUGCCUUAAAUUCAUGUACGCACCAAAGUAGAUGAAAAUAGUUUUGCAGUUGAGGACAAGGGCUAAGAACCCAGUGUUGGUGGGAGUUGCUCUAAUAUAUAAUGCAGAUUUUUGGAUCUCCUGUGGUUUCAUUGUGCUAACUAAGUUCUGGGUCUGGGUUGACAAAGCCUUGCAUUGAUUUGUCCUAAUGGGAAUCUUCCAUUAGUUAAGAAAAGACUGUCACCAUCCCGCCUCUAUUACAGUGCCAUUGACUCCAAAGGCUCCCUCUCAGUCUCUUUGAUGGGUAUUAGCAUUUUGUUCAACGCUUCAUGUCGGUUAAAUUAUUGAUGUGUUACGCAUUAGACACUCUACACAAUUAAGGCUUACUCUUCCUGUGAGUAUUUGCUCUGUAUAUGUCAUCUAGCUGAACCAGAUUUAAACGUUCAUGUUAUCCGUAACCCAUUCAUUCCUUUUAAUAUAUACUGUAACAAAAUGCCAUUGAGUAUGGUUUCUCUCACUUAGAAAAGUAAGCUUUUGAAAGGCAUUCAUAUGCCUCACAUACUUCCACCUGUACUUAUGUCCGUGAGUGUUAGUAAACUGGCAUUUAAACUGCAAAACAAGCUGUCAAAAACUAAGUGACAAGAUGUGGAACACUGCUAGAAGGGAAUCAAAUUUUUAUAGCUGUAAUGGCCUUGCAGAUGUGAAAAGACUGAAAGCCUUGCAAACAAGUACAAGUCUGAUGCGUGAAAGUCCCUAGAGUUUCCUACUAGUCUGAUAAAAUCAGAGUUGUUCAAGGUAGUUUUCCAUCCUAAUCCUGUAGUAUUGUUCAAAAGACACAGUAGGGUUGUGCUAUUUAUCAUACUUUUUUUUUUUUUUUAUCGUGCAUUGGUAACAAGCCUCCAUAAGCUUUCAUGCUUGGGGUUGCCAGAUGUCAAUAGCUUAAAUCCCCCAAAUAAGAGAUUUUCUUUUAAAAGGACAUAUUUUCUGCCCAGUGUAAUACUUAAUCUUCACAGUCUGGGAGCCAUGUCCACAUGCUCUCUCAAAACUGAGAAAAAAAGCACUGAUAAUCUAGAAAAAAAAAAUGCAAAUGUUUGCUGUAACUAAAUAAGCAAUCAAACGUUUUUGGUGAUGAACUGUAAUAAAUCCAAACAUGGAUCGCAACAGUAAUGUUUGUGGUUGCUGAAUAGAUGCGCUGUAAAACAGCACAGAGAAACGAUAUUAUUGCAAUCAUUUCCAAACAAUAUUUUUUUUUUUUUUCAGCUGAUAAAUGGCUAAAAACACUGACACCCAGUUAGAAUCCAUCCUGUUUUUACAGAGCCCAAACAUUUAAAAGGACAGACAACAACGACAACAAAAACUGCUCAAGCUUAUAACAAACAAUAUUUUGCAUUGGUGUGGGCACUAAUAUAGUUAUUGUUUAUAGUUAUCUUUGUAGUUAUUGAUAUGUUAGUGAUUAUCUGUUGAUCCAUUAUCAUGCAGCCACAUGAUGAUAUUGGAUUACUAGUAUAUUGGUGAUAAUAUCUCACGUUGAUACCCAUCUAACAAGCACUGAAUUCUGAAUUUCUCAUUUGUACCCUCAAUGAGACAAGAGGCGAGGCACUUCAGGGGUGACCUUUUAAUGCCGAGGUUCGCUGCCAAGGAAUUGUGCCUUCACUGGACAAUAUGUUCCUGGCUCUGUCAUGGCAGUAUCAGGCUGUAGAGUCCAUAAUUUGCACUUGUUCUUCUCAACGUCGGAAGAAAGCACAAGGUAGUGAACCAAGGUGACAUAGCCUUCCUGCAAAGUCUCCAGAACAGGUGCAGCACAGCCCAUGAAGACAUGUUAAAAAACAUUAGUGAAGAAGAUAAAAAAGAGGCUGCAGAUUACCAGUCAGGACAGCCUAUCUGUUCUCUUUCAAGCAUUCAUAAAGGUCUGGGAACCUUGAUUAGGCUGCAGUGGUCCAGUCAAUGGGAUAUCGAUUUUUCUGCUCUAUAUUGCGGCUGUCACAAUGCAGACUCUUGAUUGAUUGAUGUUGGUGUGCCUGUCAGCCGUCUUGUGUUGAGUUUGUGCUUUGAGACUCUGAGAUGUCCUUGCCCUUCUCCCAUUCAGAGAGUUUGAGUUUUAGCAGAAAGAUGCGGAGAACAUAGAGAAGUUUCUUGAAGAAGAAUAAGUUACAUUUUGCAAUCCUACAUCUGUGUCAAAGCAGGAGAAACUAGAUUUCAGAAUAUGCAGCCGUACACUACAAGUCAAAUGUCUGGGGUUGGCUCGAUUUUUAUUAUAUCUUUGAUUUUUUUUUUUUUUUAGAAGUCUGUAAUAUUCACUACGUAUGCGUUUAUUUGAUCAAAAAGUAAAAACAGUAAUCUUGUGAAACAGCAUUUAAAAUAACUGCUUUCUAUUUUUAUUUUAAAAGUUAAAUGUAUUGAUGUGAUGCGAAGCUGAAUUUUCAGCAUCAUUACUCCAGACUUUGGUGUCACAUGAUCCUUCAGAAAUCAUUCUAAUAUGCUGAUUUGCUGCUCAAGAAAACAAACAUUUUAUGGUGUUCUUUAUAGUUCAAUAGUUGAGUUUGUCUCUAUGAAAUUAUAACUUAUUUAUAGUUCUAUUAUUUUCAAUCAUUUAAUACUUUUUUUGGCAAAGGAAAAAUUAAAAUAAGCUUUUGAUAUGUAAUAUAACUAUUUCAUAUUACAGUUAUUACAAAGUUAGCGCUGCUUAUCACACCCCUUGACACUAAUGAUAUGUUCAUUUUUCCAUGCGCAGCUUUUCCUCCUGCUCUCGGUUUGCUUUAAUGUGCCCCGACCCUCAGUUACAAUAUCAGCGUAAUGAUGCAUAUAAACACUGAAACAAUAAUUGUUGUUUAAUAGCAAUGGUUUCUUUGGUACUCUUAAAAUUGUGAAGUCUAAUUUGCCUAAUUUUGUGUACACCAUAUAAUCAGCGACUUUCAUUUCUACACAUUAUUGUUUCCCUUUGGCAAAACUUUGAUAUGAUAUAAAAAUCUGAGCUGUUAAUAACAGAUCUCAUCACUACAAUCCAAUUAUGUUUCUAAGUAAUCUGAAAUGAAAAACAACGAUACCUUGGCCAGAUGUAAAUAGUGGCUAUAUAUUUUUAGAGUCGGCCAGCAUUGAUAACCAUUGACGUUUUCUACUGCACACGGCCCUGAGAAUUGAAUACUGAUGUAUUAAUUAAUAAUCUCUGUGAGAUGACUUACAUAUAACAUGACAUUUUCAUAUUGAAAAGUAACUGUUUUGUCUUGUAUACUAAAACUGUGCAUGUGGAAAAAUGUUUGGUGCAUAUGUGUUGAAUUUUAUAAUCCUGUUAAAAACGUAAUAAAAAUUUCAAAAGCA